AUGAGGGAUACUCAGUUGCAUAUUCCCUUGCACAUUCACAUGCGCAUGCACAUGCACAUGCACAUACACAUGCACAUGCACAUGCACAUGCCCAUGCACAUCCACAAUCACACCAACAUCCAAAUGCACAGCCAGGGCAUGAGAACAUUCACAAUCCAAUCCCCAUGCAUUUCCAAAAUCACAUGCUUAUCAUGCAUAAGGCACACCUGCCCGCAAAUGCAAUACGUUGGCUCAUACACCUGCUCUCCUGCCCCUCCCUCGGGCACCUCCCUCCUCUCACCAGCUGCCCCCUCUGGCACGCCCCUGCCCACCCCUCCCUUCUUUCUAGAGAGCGGAAGGGCAGCAGGAGGCGGCAUGAGAGCAGCCCCCCUUCCUCCCCUCUCCCACUCCCUCUCCCUCGCUGCCUCCCUCACUGCCUCCCUCCCUGCCUCCCUCCCUGCUACUCUCUCGCUCUCCCUCUCCUGGUUCCCUUGCCACGCCUCCCCCUUUGCUUCCCCCACCCCCCCUCCCCCACCCCCUCCCCCUCCCCCACCCCCUCCCCCACCCCCUCCCCCACCCCCUCCCCCUUCCCCACCGCUGCCAGAUGCCAGCACAGCCACCGCACUCAACCCGCGCCCUUCUCCCUUAGGUUCCCCCCACCCCCGCGCCCCUCCCCCCCCCCAGCUGCUGGGGAGGCAGCUGGGGCGGCAGGGGGGCGACGGGGGGUGA